AUGACCCAGGCUGAAGAGGUUAGACCUUCAUCGAUUUUCGACAUCCGGUCAGGUACAAUCCAAUCGGGUGAUACGGUAAUCGUUUACCAAUCCAGAGACAACCUUACCGCCAUUGUCGUCACCCCAGGCCAACAACUUAACACCAGGUAUGGCGAGUUCCCUCAUUCUGACAUGAUCGAUAUCCCAUUCGGCUCCAAGUGCCCGAGUCGCAAAGGAAAUGGGUUCACGUAUUUACUUAGGCCGACUCCAGAGUUAUGGACCUUAGCCCUCCCACAUCGGACCCAAAUCCUCUAUCAUCCCGAUAUCUCGUUUGUUACAUCGCAGCUGAACAUCAAGCCCGGAUCGUAUGUCAUAGAAGCAGGAACCGGUUCGGGUUCGUUUUCGCACUCGAUAGCACGAACGAUUGGACCAGGGGGGAAAUUGUUCUCAUUCGAAUUCCACGAAGAGCGACAUACCAAAGCAGCCGCGGAAUUUCAAGCCCACGGCUUACUUUCGUCAGUAGGAGGACCGAUCCAAUUAGCACAUCGAAACGUGAUUCGAGAUGGAUUUGGUGACCUUGAUGUUAAAGUAGACUCAGUGUUCCUAGACUUACCGGCGCCCUGGGAUGCUUUGGAAGAGUCGAAGCGUGUUAUGAACCGCUCUCAACUUUCGCGUAUUUGUUGCUUUUCGCCAUGCAUUGAACAAGUUCAAAAAACAUGUCAAACCCUAGAAUCAUUGGGCUUUUCUGAUAUAAUCAUGUUCGAGACGCUAGUUCGAACUCAUGAACCAGUAUCGCUCACUAUGCCCAAGGUGGAUGACGCUGUGCGACGGAUAAAGGAAGUGGAGAUGAAAAAACAAGCUAGACGCGAACGACAAAUCUCAGAAUCCAAACAACGUAGACAAGUAACUCAAAAACCAUCGAGUCCUAAACCAGCAAGCGAUGAAAGAAAUACGAAACGAGGCCUAGAUGGUGCUGAUGCCACCGAAGAGCCAGAACUCAAGAAACCCCGGGAGGAAAAAUGCAACGGUUCACCAGUUUGUGCCAAAUCUGAGGAAAUGGACACGAUUAUGGUGGAAGAUAUUAAACCAGUAGUAACGGAAACUGAUCAAGCUCUCCCCGAGGUGCAACAGACGGUCAUGUUAGAAACCUCAAAGCCUGCUGGGAUGACAAGAGGCCAUACAUCCUUUCUCACUUUUGCUGUUUUGUUGCCUUUGCCCAAGCCUUAACAUCAAUCAUUCAACUUUUUUUUUGUUGGAAAAAUCGUAUAUAGAUGCUGCCGUCACAAAUCACUAUGUUCCAUGCAUUGGCUACUUUGCCCCAGUAGAUGGCCAAGUUUCGAAAUAUCACUGGUCUGUAUCAUGUCACACUUCAGAUCAAUCUCCAACUUUGUCGGAUCUGGGUUGGGGGCAAAAUUUCAAUACGAGGGAGCUG